CGACCGAAAGCCCGAACCCUCGUCUUUCUCCAUUCUCUAUCAGUGAAAGGCCAAACGCUCUAUCUUCUCUGCAAUUUCUAGGGUUUCUUUGAUCGGAGUUCCGCAAAUCUCUGCAAUGGGAAGAGAGCGAGAGAAUCCGCAGCAGAUGUCGUAUACGGUGGAGCAGCUGGUCGCCGUGAAUCCGUACAAUCCUGACAUCCUUCCCGAACUCGAGAACUACGUCAAUGAACAGGUUUCAUCACAAACAUACAGUUUGGAUGCAAAUCUCUGCCUUCUUCGUCUCUAUCAGUUUGAGCCUGAGCGCAUAAGCAGCCAGAUCAUUGCUCGGAUUUUGGUUAAGGCUCUCAUGGCUAUGCCGGCUCCGGACUUCAACCUCUGCCUCUUCUUAAUCCCAGAGCGAGUGCAAAUGGAGGAGCAAUUUAAGACAUUGAUUGUCCUCUCACACUAUCUGGAGACGGCAAGAUUCCGCCAGUUCUGGGAUGAGGUGGCGAAGAACCGCAGUAUAGUUGAAGUCGUGCCAGGUUUUGAACAAGCAAUCCAAGCUUAUGCUAUUCAUGUCCUUUCCCUGACUUAUCAGAAGGUUCCCAGGCCUGUACUUGCAGAGGCCAUUAACGUGGAAGGUCUCUCUCUGGACAAGUUCUCGGAGCACCAGGUUGCCAACAGCGGCUGGGUUAUAGAGAAGGGCCAUGGCCGAGGCCAGCUCAUCGUCCUCCCCCAUAGUGAAUUCAACCAGCCAGAGCUCAAGAAGAACACUGCAGACAGCAUCCCAUUGGAUCAUAUCACUCGCAUUUUCCCUGUUAUCUGCUGAUUCGUUUCUGGAUAAAAGCUAUUGUUGCUGUUCUAGUUGGAAUUUUUGUUUCACCACCCUCAAACAGUUAGUAUUAACGUCCAGCACAUGGAAUUGGUCCAUCAUACCAACUUACUGACAGCGUAAUGGCACUGCAGGUGUAUGGGAAAGCCACCCAUGGUUUAUUUGGGUAUCACAUUUUAUUUUAUUUUA